AUGUGCAGAACAAGUGAGAAAUGUGGACGUAACAAAAGGACAAGUACACUUAGAAUACCAAAGAAUAGUGAAGGAAACAAUGUUCAAAUUGUCCAAAGGGCUACCCAGACCACUGGUGAAGGCAACAUUCUUCAAGCUGGCAGAGGAAGAGGACAGCCAAAUCGAGUUAAAGUAUCAGUUAGAAGAAGGCAACCCAACGGUCAAGCAGACAAAGGCAGGGGAAGAGAUAUUGGUCUGAGCAAGGGUAGAGGUAAUGGACUUGGAAUUGGAAAAGGUGCUACCGAUAUGACAGAGAGAGAUGUUGGACUAAGCAAGAGUAGUGGUAUUGGAUUGAGCAGAGGUGGUAGUUCUGAAAUAACACCAAUUUCAUCCCCUCAAUGCUAUUGUCAGACAACACCAAUUGCAUCAACUCAAGGCAAUUCUCAGACAACACCUAUUCCAUCAUUCAUGUGGAGGGGUCAAAGAUGGGUAAACUUAUCUGCACUGGAAGCUGUUACAAGAAAGUUAUGA